CUCUAGUGACACGGGCUGAGCAGACAUGGAGGCCCCACCAACGAGAGAGGCCCGUGCUGACACAUCCAGGCCCAGCUAACGGCGCGUCGGAGUGCAUUUUCGGAACAUCUCGGAAGAAAUUCAGGAUAUAACACCCUGUAAGGAAGAUGGAUAUUACUACCAAAGAAGAAGGAAUUUAAUACGGAGAUCCAUUUCGGUGCUCUAUGUUGAUUCAACGUAGCCGCCAUUUUGUUGACAGUGUUUUUUUUUUAAACAACCUACACGGUGCACGUGGAGUAAUAUGUAGCCGCCACGUUGACAUACACGGAGGAAGGACACGGAGCCAAAUGAUGUGAAACGACGUUCGUGGACAACUAGAAGAGUUGUAGGACGGAGAAAGAGGGACGGACAGACAGGGAAGGAUCGGAACCCCCUCAAAACAAGGAGAGCUUCUUCCUCAUUGUUAACCCCCCUUCCCCCUUUCCCCUCAUCCCUAUCCCGCUCCCUAUCCUUUAUUCUUCCUGGGAAACACAUUCCCUGCCUUGUACACUUUUGAGCCCCUGAAGUUUCGAUGGAUCAGAAGGUUCAGGGAAGAACCGCAACGCCACCUCUUCUCUCGGGUGUUCCCUCUGGGGAUCGGGAGAAAGAGGGAGGGGUUGGAAAGAUGGAAGAAGACGAGGAGAAGAAGCGGGACAGAGAGAAAGAGGCUUCCGGUGUCUCUGACGGCGCCGCAGCAGGCGGACCCGGAGGCGCUGGCGGCGACGCGUCGCAGUUCUCCGUCAAGGAGAGCAACCUAUCCGAGGGCAAUGUCAAACUGAAGAUCGGCCUUCAAGCAAAACGCAUGAAGAAACCUCCAAAGAUCUUGGAGAAUUAUGUAUGCAGACCAGCCUUCCGGGCUACAAUGAGGAACACGGGGCGGGGAGGCGGUAGCGCUCGAGGGAACCGUGCAGGGAAUACAGCUGAUGGACCAGGCAGCCAAAGCCAGAGCCCGUCUCAUGUCAGGGAAAAAGAGAAGGAGCAGAGCCCGAGUGUGAGCAGACCGGUCUCUUCAUCUUCAUCCAACCCAUCUUCUAAAGCCUCGACACCGCCUCCUCCUGGACUUCCCGCAGCCAGCGCAGCUUCCCCGGCGACUCCUCAAGUGAAUGGGAGUACAGCAGGAAAACGGGGUCCCCCAAAGAUGGACGGCGUAUCGGAUGCAAAGUCAGAUACUAAAGUAGCUACCGCCACAUCUGAGCGACCCCUGAAUCUUCAUCGCCCUCUCCCGGACGGCAAACUUCACCCAUCUGGGAAGAAAACGCCAACUUUGCAAUUCAGCCAGCGGGCGUCGUCACCUUCGUCACCGACGCCUGUAUCAAAAGAAGCUAGCGGUGAAGGCGUUAAACCACCUCAGUACACCUACAGCAGUGAAAGUCAACGAGACAAGGACAAGGACGUUCAAAGCUGGGGAGCCCCCACCGUCACGGAGAAAUUAGCUCAGCUCAUAGCGACCUGCCCGCCGUCAAAGACCCCCAAGCCCGUCAAACCUGCUAAGACUGACGCCGCUGCCCCCAUUUCAAGCUCAGGUUUUAUGACCCCCACCGCAAAGCAGCGAGACCGAGCUAUGGCCAAUCGGAACACCUAUUCAAGAAUGGCUCACCUUUCUCCCCCGCUCCCGGUGUCACGGCCGCCUGGUCGGCCGUACGGUUCUCGGAACAAAGACAGCGUUGUCGAGAACUCGCCCACCUUGACGCUAAAAACGAAGGAGGACGCAGAUGGGACCGGGAAACCCAGUAGCGGCAGUAUUAACCCGAGCGGCGGUAAUAGCGGUACUACGGCGCUCACCUGCGGAAGUACCCGACUCCUUUCCUUGGCGAAGGACAUCAACAACGACAACAUGAACGGUAGCAUUCCGAAACCGCAGACGUGCGCUACUCUCUGCUCACCCAGCACAACAACUCUGCCGUCUCGUCCGCUUUCCCCCUCCCCGACCACGACAGCCGAACAAAGGAUCAGUCACCGAAGCUCCCCGGCCGCUUCGCUAGCCGACCACGCUCGAGAGACGCCCGCCUCGGCGGACGACGGCGUUCCAAAUCUGAGGGAACCGGGAAGGGACAUCUCCAGAGACCUGACCCAUUGCUCCUUGACAGGAAUAGCAAAGCCGGAAGGCAAAGACAAAGGAUCUUGCAGUCAGUCAAUCCGAGCGGAUCGGGACAUGAACUUGAGUCCGUGUAAGCGUAGCCCCAACCGGGGACGCACCAGCAGCCCUCCGGAAGCCGUAAGACCAAGAGCAUCCACUUCGCCCGAACCGGAUAUCGAAGACAGCCCACAAACCCCUCUCCGAGACGAGUCCCCGGAUUCCUCGAUGGAUUCCGCGACUGAGCAGGACAGUAAACCUCUUAAAAAACGUCGAGGCCGGAAGCCUCGCUGGAGCCGCGCUAUCAACAAAGUACAUAGUCAAAGAGCAGGCCACGACGGGCCCUUUGACCAGAGCAAAACCACCAUACCCUUAUCGUCCGCCUUGGAUACCGCGGUUAAGAGACCAGUAGGUAGACCGCCCAGCUCAAAUAAAACCAAACCAAAUAUUCUCCAACAAAGUUCAAUGUCGCAUAUCUUCCAACCCCAGGUCAAGAAAAGGGGAAGACCAAAGUCCAAGAUGCCAACGCUCGACGCGCCAGCCUGUCGGCGUCCGUCGAAUAAAUUGGCAACAUCGAAGGUUUAUUCAACUUUUUUAAAGUCUAAAGAAGAACCAGACCCCCCUGUUCUGCAUCCGGAGAUUGACCUGAACCCGCCGAAACCUAUGCUUCGAAAACGUGGACGCCCGAAGCGGCUCCCGCCGACCUUACCCCAAGAGAGUCACCCCCCGACAUUAGCUCCCGAGGCUGGGGACUCAGGAGAUCGGCGAUAUCACAACAAAGGCAACGGUCAGCUGAUUAUGAAAACAAUCAUCGGUAAAAUCAACAAAAUGAAAAGUGUCAAACGGAAGCGGAUUCUUAGUCAGAUCCUGUUAGGACCGAGAAAAGAAGACCCUCCCAAAGUGACCCCGAGCGGGGUCAUUGGAUCCGUGGGAGCCGCAUCGCAGUCUUUGUCGUCUCUGGCCGCUUCGCUCGGCGGGAAACUAGGACCGCUAAUUAACGUUAGCAAAAAAGGCACAAUAUAUAUGGGUAAGAGGAGGGGUCGUAAACCGAAAGCGCCGAGCGCCACGGCGUCGACGGCACCGCCGGAACCCUUCCUGUCCCCAACCACCACCACCACCACGUCUCCUCUGCAUCACCAUCAGUCUCAGCAACAGCACUCGGAAAUAUUCCCUUCCCCGUCUCUCUCCCAAUCGAGCGGCGGCCAUAGUCCCAUUAGCGACGCCAGUUUCGUCGAGCCGGGAUCGGUGCACUUUUCCGGUCAUUCGCACUAUUCAAACGCCCAUCACAGUCACAGCACGUUCGUUUUCCCCCCUCCGACUUUCUCCGCCCCGAAUCUCCGCAAUCCUGUCCUUGGCUCGACCUUAUCGAUGGCGACGUCAGGCUCUCAGAAAAAGUCAUCUUUCCGUGGAUACCACCACCCCCACCCCCACCACCAGCACCACCACCACUACAGGCAGCACUACAACUACCACAAGCUAUCCCCUCCUCGGCCGCUUCACCCCACCUCGCCCGCCCCGCUCAGUGAACUGAAAGAAGCCACCCCAUCCCCGGUGAGCGAGUCCCACAGCGAGGAAACGGUGCCCAGUGACAGCGGCAUCGGAACCGACAACAACAGCACCUCCGAUCGCGGCGAGAAAGCCGGCACAGGAGGCUUGGGAGGAAUCGGGUUGGCGGCCGGGAUCGGCAGCGGGUUAUUAAUACCUGGGGUCAUCGGUUCAGCUGUGGGCGCCCGCAUGGGGCUUAAUUCCAGAGGCAGGCGCCGCCACUCGGCCGUGCUCGUGGAACAUCCGUCGCCUUCUCCGUCGCCGCACGCGACGAGGUUAUCGCCGGAUCCGCUGAGACCUCACCCGGCGGCUUCCUCUGCGUCCUUAAUGGGACACAAGGAAAAACAUAAACAUAAGUGUAAACGCCGUAACCACGGGUGCCCGGGAUAUGAAAAACUUAAACGACAGAAAAGAAAACGCAAGAAGAAAUACCUCCAACUCCGCUCCCGGCGCAUCGACCCGAACUUUCUCGCUGAACUGGAUGAAAUUGUUAUAAGAAUGAGUGAAAUCCGCAUAGCGCACCGUACCACGGGGCACCGCCUUGGCAGCGGCAUCGCAUUGUCAGCAGGAGCAAAAAGAAUGCCGGGAGUCGCCAACCGUGCCGCCGGUUUAAGUAGCCCCACUGGCCCUCCGCCACAUCAUUACAUCCACCGAGAUCUCCUGCCCACAAUCUUCAGGGUUAACUUUGGCAGCUUCUACUCCCACCCUGCGUAUUCCUGCGACCCGUUGCACUAUGUCCGCAAACCGGACAUGAAAAAGAAACGCGGGCGACCCCCGAAACCCAGAGAGUCCAUGUCCGAAGUAGCUUUUGUACCAGGGCUCGGAUUCCCACUCUCCAGCGGCGGCUUCUACCAUCCGUCUUACAGUGUUCCUUAUUCCUCCGGACCCCUCGGUUUGGGUUACUACAGGGGCUAUCCUCCGGCUAGCGCUCUGUACCCUCACCCGCAUCAUCAGUCGCCCCACACCGCCCCUUCUCACCAUUCUACUCAUUCGCCCACUUUCCCUCCACCGCCCCCGACGUCUUACAUGCAUCAUCACCACCCCUCGCACCUCCUCCUAAACCCUUCUAAGUUCCACAAGAAGAAACACAAGCUACUUAGGCAGGACUACCUAGGAGGUGGAAGGUCCCCCGUUCUUUACCCACCCAUGUCCUCCGAGUUGUCGUUCAACUGGCACCACAAACACAAACACCGACACAAACACCGAGAGCGAUGCGCCGACGACGACAGAGACGAAGAAGAAGCAAUAGGAGCACCGGGGAAUCGAACCGGGCCGGGUUUGUCCGACGGCAGAGCAUUAGGCAAGGCGGAAAGACUCGGUAGCCUGGGAAUGGCGGAGUCCUUGCAACAAUGUCGCUUUGGACGGAGAACCUCCGGCAGCAGUUCCAGCAAGCCUGGUGGUGCCGCGUUAUCCAACUCUCCGUCUUCUUCAUCCUCGUCUUCCGCAGAUCGGUACAAGCGCAAAGAAAGCUCGGUAUCUUGUUUGGGACCGUCGAGACUAACUCUGGGAAACAGUUCCAAAAACCAACACUCUGCAGAGUCCUGGUUUAGAUUAGGGAGCCCCGAGAACGACUACUCGAAGCUUUCACGUCGUCACGUAUUACCCAGUCAAGGCCCCUUCUCAGACGGACGCGCUCAAGAACUUCCCGCUUGCUCGGACAGUGAAGACGAGGAGCCUCUCACGCCCACCGAAGACGUGGAACCCAGGGGCCACGAUUCUCCCAAUCUCACAAACUUGUUUGCCUCCGCCUUCACCCGCACUAACUUGAGGGGGUGUCGGAACAGAAAGAACGAGGCAGCGCCAGGGAACGCCAGCUUCUCCUCUUUGGAACGAAAACUAAGGAAGGACCCUUCGAUAUCGGCAGAGAGAAGAGAAUUAGAGACUCCAACUAUACCGACAAGAGGCCCCGCAACCUCCGAAGGGCCUGAAGGAUCCAUGCACCGUCGUCAGCAACUCCAUCGCCAGUCGUCCAUGUUUUACUCUCACGGCUCAUCGGCCUCCUCGUGCGUUUUCCCUCCCAAAGACUGCUGCCCCGACGCUUCCCUGCCUCACCAAUCUCAUCGCGCUCAGCCAUCCAAGCACAGCCUCCAUCAUGUCAACAAAAUCCUCCGUGCCAAGAAGCUGCAGAGGCAAGCUCGAACGGGAAACAAUAUGGUGAAAAAGAGGGGCCCCGGACGCCCCAGGAAACACCCGCUACCCUCGCCGACGCCAUCGCCACCGCCUGCCAUUGAAAUCAAUCAAACACGGCACAGAGUGGGAGUGGGUGAUCGGCCAAUGGGGGGCAGGCUCUGGGAUGGGGACACUGUCAAAGAUACCAUAGAGUCAGUUGUCAAAGACCAGAGAAGCAAAGGCCAGAAAAGGAAACACUGGGAACGGGAUGAUGGCGAGGAGGAGGAGGAAGAAGAAGAAGAAGAAGAACAGGAAGAAGGGGAGGUCGAAGACACGAUGGAGCAAUUGCCGGACAAAGAACAGAACCUGAGCAGCCUGGUGGCGAGGUCAAGACCGGGAUCUGGAAGGGGAUGGCUUGCCCAGGAUGAGAUCCGUCACUUCCAAAGCUCAGGGGAGAAUAAGACAGACGGCCAUCACGCCACUGAACGUCAAGACGCCGACUCUAAGGAGCAAACGUCAGCCAUCCCCGUGACCACCAGCCAACGGGAGAAGAGACCAGCUAGACCUCCAAAGAAGAAGUUCCAGAAGGCGGGACUUUACUCUGAUGUGUAUAAGACCGAAGACCCCCGCAGUCAACUCCUGCAGCUAAAGAAAGAGAAACUGGAGUACAUACCUGGGGAACAUGAGUAUGGAUUAUUUCCAGCACCCAUACAUGUUGGUAAAUACUUGAGACAGAAACGCAUCGAUUUCCAACUGCCUUAUGACAUCCUCUGGCUGUGGAAACAUGAUCAGCUAUACAAAAGGCCUGACGUCCCUCUUUAUAAAAAAAUCAGAUCAAAUGUAUAUGUCGAUGUCAAGCCCCUCUCUGGUUAUGAAACAACUACCUGCAGCUGUCGAGGUCCCGAGAACACAAACGAAAAAGGCUGUCUGGAUGACUGCCUGAAUAGGAUGAGUUUUGCCGAAUGCUCGCCCAGCACUUGUCCAUGCCGCGAGCAGUGUGACAACCAGCACAUCCAGAGGCACGAAUGGGUCCAAUGUCUGGAGCGAUUUCGUGCCGAGGGCAAGGGCUGGGGCAUCCGUACCAAGGAGAGUCUCCGGUCUGGUCAGUUCAUUAUCGAGUACCUGGGAGAAGUGGUCAGCGAGCACGAGUUCAGGAGUCGUAUGAUGCAGCAGUACUUUGCUCACAGUGGCCAUUACUGUCUCAACCUGGAUAGUGGCAUGGUGAUUGACAGCUACAGAAUGGGCAAUGAGGCACGCUUCAUCAACCACAGUUGUGAACCCAACUGUGAGAUGCAGAAGUGGUCAGUUAAUGGGGUGUACAGAAUUGGUCUGUUUGCGCUCAAGGACAUCAGCAGCGGUACGGAGCUCACCUACGACUACAACUUUCAUUCCUUCAACACAGAAGAGCAGCAAGUGUGUAAGUGUGGCUCGGAGUCGUGCCGAGGCAUUAUCGGAGGAAAGAGCCAGCGUAUCAACGGACUUCCAGGGAAGGCGGGCGGGACUCGGCGACUGGGUCGCCUCAAAGAGAAGCGGAAAUCCAAACACCAUCUUAAAAAACGAGAGGAAGAAUCAAGUGACAGCAACAAGUUUUACCCUCACUUAAUGAAACCCAUGUCAAACAGAGAACGGAACUUUGUGCUCAAGCAUCGAGUGUUCCUGCUAAGAAACUGGGAGAAAAUGAGGGAGAAACAGGAGUUACUCAAACGAGAGGGUGAGAGGGACAGAGACUCCAGCAGCCUGUCCGUCUACACCCGCUGGGGAGGAGUCAUCCGUGAUGACGGCAACAUUAAGUCAGAUGUUUUCCUCACGCAGUUUUCAGCCCUGCAGACGGCACGGUCAGUGCGCACGCGGAGGCUCGCUGCCGCCGAGGAAAACACGGAAGUCACGCGCACCGCUCGACUCGCACACAUCUUCAAAGAGAUUUCGGACAUGAUUACCAGUUACAAAGAUUCAUCAGGCCAAACACUUGCUGCUCCACUAGUGAGCCUCCCGUCACGGAAAAGGAACACCCACUACUACGAGAAGGUUCCUGACCCUCUGGACCUGAGCACCAUUGAGAAGCAAAUCCUCACGGGUCAUUACAAGACAGUCGAAGCAUUCGACACGGACAUGCUCAAAGUUUUCCGCAAUGCUGAGAAAUACUACGGCAGGAAGUCAUCAAUCGGCAGGGAUGUGUGCCGGCUACGGAAAGCCUACUACAGCGCACGUAAUGAGGCUGCAGUGCAGAUCGAUGAGAUCGUGGGCGAGACCGCCAGCGAGGCCGACAGCUCCGACUCACUCGAGCGGGACCACGGCCACCACCAUGGAUCCCAUGACAAGGACGACGACGUCAUCCGCUGCAUCUGUGAGAUGUACAAGGACGAGGGCCUGAUGAUCCAGUGUGAAAAGUGUAUGGUUUGGCAGCAUUGUGAUUGCAUGCGGUUGGAGACGGAGGUGGAGCACUACCUGUGUGAGCAGUGUGAGCCGAGGCCAGUGGACAGAGAAGUGCCCAUGCUGCCUCAACCCAGCUACGCCCAGGCAGGCUCAGUGUAUUACAUCUGCCUCUUAAGAGAUGACCUGCUUCUACACCAAGGGGAUUGUGUGUACCUCAUGAGAGACAGCAGACGCACACCCGAGGGUCAGCCUGUCAGACAGUCGUACCGCCUCCUGUCUCACGUCAACCGAGACAAACUCGACAUCUUCCGCAUUGAGAAACUCUGGAAAAAUGAAAAGGGUGAGCGCUUUGCCUUUGGCCACCACUACUUCCGCCCUCACGAGACACACCAUUCGCCGUCACGGCGCUUCUACCAGAACGAGUUAUUUCGCAUGCCGCUCUACGAGAUCGUCCCUCUCGAAGCAGUGGUGGCGCCCUGCUGUGUUCUCGAUCUCUACACGUACUGUAAAGGACGACCAAAGGGUGUGAAGGAGCCAGAUGUGUAUAUCUGCGAUUACCGCUUGGACAAGUCGGCUCACCUUUUCUACAAGAUCCAUCGUAACCGCUACCCAGUGUGCACCAAGCCGUACGCCUUCAACCAUUUCCCCAAGCGACUGACACCCAAGAGAGACUUCUCACCUCACUAUGUACCCAACAACUACAAGAGGAACGGGGGUCGCUCGGCAUGGAAAAGUGAGCGUUCCAAAGGAUCUGAAGGCUGCGAGGACGACGGCUCUUCAUGUGAGAGGGGCGAGGACUUCCCGCCGCAGGCUGAAGACGCGAGACCCGACGACAACAUCACGGACGGGGCUCCGGACGAUCCCGAACUUUCACAGGCAAAGCCUCGACGAGCCGACGGGGACGAGGACGAUGAAGAAGAAGAAGAAGAAGGGGAAGGGACUGAAGCCGAGGAGCGGAAGGAGCUGGAGGAGAGCUCCACAGAACGGAUAGAGGAGAUGCUGGAGCAGCCAACCUCUUCGGCCUGCUCGCCGCUCCACCACCCGGCGGCGCUGGGCAGGCGGGAGGCCCAGCGGGAGCGUCUCAACAAGAUUCUGUUGGAUUUGCUGCACAGAACACCCAACAAGAAUGCCGUAGAUGUCACUUAUCUCCUGGAGGAGGGCGCUGGGCGACGCCUACGGCGACGGACACUAGGAUUUGGUGAUUUUGUCGGCCGAAAAUAACAUUUCUACUUUUACCUUGCCCUUCUUUUAAGCAAGACAGGAAAUGAGCCUUGCUUGGUGGGGAGGGGGAGGGGGGGGGGCUUGGCCGGAUCUCCUAUUUCACCUUCGCAAAGACUCCCGAGAUGAUUGAAGGUGGUUUUGGAGUCAUCGACUUUAAAAGGAAGCUUUCAAUUAAUUAGCUCUUACAUUGAUAAGGAGUCAAGUCAAGUCAAUGGCAGAUGAUGAAUUGCUCCCCCUUGUGGCCAACUUGCUGCAAUGUCAGAAAUUGCAGACUUAACAGAGGAGGAGAUGCUGCUCAUGAGGAAAAAAAAGAGGUGGAUGAACUGCACUUUUUGGUACCAUGGAUGGAUAUAUAUAUCGUGAAGCUGCGUGUCAAUGUAUCCGUAACAAAAAAAACACACUAAAGUACUGGAUGAUGCAGUUUUAUCGUCAUUUUUUUGCCCCCUCGUUAUAUACUGUAGUCAGCCUACUUUCCAAAACUGGAUGUGUGCUUUUUUUUUUUUGUCCAAACUUCUUAAGUUUUUUUUUUUUUUUUUUAUGUUUUUCCCUCCCCCCCCUGGAAAGAUGCUCAUCUUUUCCAAAACGAUGUGAUUCACCAGCUUAACUAAAUCAGGUGGGACGUGUGCACCGGCUUGAACUGUAACGCCUUACUCGGCCGUGUGCUGUUUGUCCGACUUCCUGUUUUUACACUUUUAGUGUAUAUGUAAGUCUACCAGAUUUCAUUUUUUUUUUUUUUUUUUUUUGUAAAGAAAAAAAAAAUUACGAAAAAAAAACAAGGGCUUAAUGGCAAUUAACGAUUUAAAAACAAAACUAUGGAAAACAACGCUUAACAUGAAAUGUAUCGUGAUGGUAAUAUUUUCUUAUAUUCCGUGAGACAAGCGUAUACUGUAUAUUUGGGAAGGGGAAUUUUUUUUUUUUUUUUUUGGUCUUUUUUUGUGUUUGUUGCCAUGGAGAAUGUUUGAAUAGAAUAUCUGACAAGCCCCUCCCCUUCUUUACACCCACUUCAAACACAUAAAAAGGGACAAAACUGCGGUGUCCCGAUGUUAUAAACUGACCACAAAUCCACCAUACGGUUUUUUUUCUGUACAGUGCCAACUUAUGUACAUAAACACACAUUUGAGGGGUUUUCUCCAAAAGCAAUAUCUUGACAUUUUGUGUUUCUUAUUGUACUGUACAGCCCUAAAUGUAUUGCAAUUAUUAUAAUAAUGCUAAUAUUCUAAGUUCUUCAUAUUGCUAUUAUGAAGACACUUUUUUUUAUUAUUAUGUCUUAUAAAUCUCACCGUAAUCUGUCCUCACAGCAUAAAAAAAAAAACACGUUUUGUUUGCCUGGAAAUGAAAUUCAUGCUAAUAUUUUGCAUGAGUGAGAAGAAUGUCAAAAAGAAAGGCAUCGGGACACACGGCAGUGAUGCAGAAUAUUGUUAAUAAUAAUAAUAAUAAUAAUAAUAAUAAUAAUAAUAAUGCUUUUUAUAAAAGGAGGAAUGCACUCCUUCUUUUUGCUGCAAAGUGUUGAACACUAAAAAAACAAGCCAACAUGAAAAUGUAAAAAUAUUUUUGAGGAGUGACAGAAACAAAAGUGAACACCGACGGAAACCAUGAACACGUUCCUGUUUUAUUAUUAUUAUCGAUGAUGUUUUGUCAUCUUUCAAAUAGGAAAUGGUUCUGUUUUUUGUGAUAGCGGUCAUCGUAUAUGAUGCUUGUACUUGUAUUUGUGUUUUGUUUUUGUUUUUUUUCUGUGAUUUGUUUCCUUUCUUUUUAGACAAUCACAAAAUAAGAUGCAAGCAUUGUAAAUGGCAGACUGGCAUUUUGUGAUGUGUACAGUUUGUCAAAAAAAAAAGAAAAAAAAAAAGAAAUAACCUCUCCCACUCGUUAUUAAAGGUUUGUAAUUAUGAUUCUUAAGUCAUGGGAAAAAAAAGCUGUUGGUUUUUACUUUUUUGUUUUAUAUUUGUUUUUUUGUUUGUUUUUUAAUAAAAAAGCACUACAUUAUCGUGAA